CGUAAAAAUCUGGCAUCACUAAAUUGUACCGUAAUUUGCGUCUCGUGCUUUCUCGCUAUUGCUACGAUCGGCUCACGCUAAAGGUUACGAGCCAGGUAAACGUAAAUCCUUCGAAAUUGAAAGCAUAAAACAUGGAUAAGGGACUAGGAAUCGAUGGGGAAAUAGUUGGACAACAAGUAAAAAAGAAAAUCGAAGAACUUAAAAAACAACAAGAAGCCAAAAAAGCUGCACAACAGAAAGCACCAACGCCAGUAAAGAAACCCGCUGUAACUUCAACGACGACCAAUGUAAAAGAAGAGCCGCCGGUAGACCCAGCGACAUUGAACAAUCCAAUCAAAUGUGACAUCUGCGACGAAAGUUUAGAAAAUUUAAAAGGUGCCUCCGAUCAUUUCAAUGGAAAGGUGCACAGACGUAGAAUGGAAUUGCAUUUCAUGGAGAGAUAUGUCAAAACAGACAAAUGCAGUCUCUGUGGCACAAAUCUGACUUCUCUAUCCCAAAUCUACGAUCAUUAUAACGGCUAUGAGCAUGCUUCAAAGCUUGUAGCAUCAAAGCCAAACCGGGCACCUAAUGCCAAUGUAGGGAGUCCCGCUGGGAGAGGGAGGGGGAAUUCCCUAGGAGGGGGUGCAAAUUCUUCACGUGGAGGGGCAAACAAUCAACAAAGAGGGGGUAGGGGUGGACAAAUGGGUCUUUCAAGAGGGGGUUUAAGUUCCUUGGGUCGUGGAAAGGGUGGACCUGGUACUAGAGGUCGGGGGGGUUCAGUCACCCCUAGCUCAGCCCCUACAAGCAGUUGGGGCAGCAAUGAUACCCAACCGACUAUAAACCCCAAUUUAAGGAAUAGAGGGGGGUCUGCACCAGUGGUCACGCGAGGAAGGGGGUCAACAAGGGGAAAUUUGGGGCCCCGGGGAGGAAUAGGCAGGGGCCAAACAACCACACCAAGCAGUGGGGGAGGAAAUUGGGGAAGUUAUGACAACGAGGAGGACGAGCCCCAAAAUAACAGUUUUAACCAAUCACAGCCGACAAGGGGUCGAGGGGCUGGGUUUCGUGGGGGUAUACGAGGGGUCGGACAGAGAGGAGCAAGAGUUGCAACGAGAGGUGCUCAAAAUAAUAAUUUCAGCAGUGGAUUCGGAAACAACAACAACAAUGAAAACCAGACGUCUAGCUAUGGACAAAACCAGGGUGGAGGCAAAAUGCAAGUUGGAUUCAACAAAGGGUUCGAAAGGCCGAAACCAUACGGUGACAAUGUCGGGUCUAAUAAUCGGGGCAGAGGUGGCAACUUUACUGGGGCGAGGGGUGCUCGAGGCGGCCAGCGAGGGGGAGCGACCACUAUGUCUGGGGGAGGAUCAACCUGGGGGAAUAACACUGCCAACAAGGAACUGAAUAAUAAUAACAUGAUCUGGUGCUCAGUUUGCAAGAUUUCCAUCAAUUCUAGUGGAGCGUCCGCACAUUACGCGAGUUUGCAGCAUAAAACGAAGUCAGGAACUUCAUUUAGUGGAACCAGCAAUAUACAAAAAGUAGGCAACGUUACCCAACAAAAUUGGGGGUUGAAUAAAAACGGCUCGUUUGGGGGCCAAAACAAACCCCAAAAUUUCAACCAAUCUGGUGGUUAUGGUUCUAAUAUCAAAUCAAGCAUUGGUUUCGGCAACCAGAAUGCUAACCAGUCAUUCGGUAACCAGUCUGGUACCAGUCAAAGUUAUGGUAAUAAAAAUACCAGUACUGGUUAUGGUGGUAACCAGUUUAAUUCUGGUAACAAAGGUUUUAAUACCAAUCUUACCAGCUUCAAAAACCAGUCAAAUACUGGUUUUGGGGGAGGGAAUAUUGGAAAAAAUUUUGGGGCCCGACCUCGAUUUGGAAACCAGGGGGCAAAUACAGGGGGUUUCAAUGCUUCAAAUUUUGGGGCACCGCCGCAGGAAUACCCUCCGCCUAGUGGGCCACCACCUCCACGAUUUCUGGGCUCAAAUUGGGGUCCAGGACGGGGCCAACCGAUGCAGGCUGGCCCUCGAUUUUAACUGAAGAGCAACUGAAAAACAAUUCAGACUUGGGAAGAGAUCUUGUUGAUUUUUUUGUACAUAUUUAUGUAAAUGACAUUUUGGGGUUGAAAAAACCUCAAUACAGGGGUAUCAAUUCUCAAAAAUUUGGGGCGCAACCGCAAGAAUGCCCCCCACUAAGUGGGCCACCCCAUUCACAAUUUUCUAUCCCAAGUUGGGACGCAGGAAGGGGCCAACCUAUGCCGACUGGCCCUCGAUUUUAACUGAAGACCGAAUGAAAAAAAAAAUCUCAGACAUGGGAAGACCCCUUGCAGAUUUUUUUUGUACAAAUUUAUGUAAAUGACUUUUUGGGGUUGGAAAUACUUCAAUACAGGGGUGGUAUCAAUGCUCGAAAUUGUGCCAGCUGGCCCUCGUUUUUAACUGAAGACCGACUGAAAAACAAUCCAGACUCUGGAAGAGAACUUUUUUGUACAAAUUUAUGUAUAUGACAUUGUGGGGUACAGCUGCAAGAAUACUCUAUCAAUGCCACCUUAUCCACGAUUUCCGGGCCCAAACUGGGGGCAGGAAUGGGCCAACCAAUGCAGGCUGGCCCUCGAUUUUAACUGAAAAGCAAAUGAAAACAAUCCAGACUUCGAAAGAGACCUGUUAAUUUUUUUGUGCAUAUUCAUGUAAAAUGGGGUUUCAAUGACUUUGGUUUUGGAUAAUUUAUUAAUGCUAUAAUUAUUAUUUUGAAUUCAAAGUUUAAUAUCGGGAGACAUUAAGAAAUUUUCCUGAUAUCUUAAUUCUUAUUCAUGUUUGAAUGGUCAUACACUGAGAUUUUAAUUAUAUUUUGGGGGGAAAUACUGCUUUUUUUGGGUUGUUUUUGGACGGGAAAAGUGCUGACUUGUUUAAUUAUUCCAGGACAAUUUUUUAAUUUCCGUUCUUGUUUUUAUGUUAUAUUAUUCUGAUUCAAAGUGAAACAUUGAGAGAUAUGAGAGAAAAACCGGAUUUUAAAUAUAUUAAUAAUUUGAAAAAUUAUAUUCUGGGAGAGGAUGAAACACUGCCGUUUCGGUUUUUGUUUUCCAAUGGGAAAACAGUGAUUCUAAGAUUUAGGGAUAAUGUUUUUAUUUUUUUUAUUUUUUUUUAAUUUGAAACUGAAUAUCUGGAAACCUGAAAUUUCCUGGCAUCUCAUUUUUUGAAGUUCAUCUUAGGAAAACUGAUGAUGAUCACCCCCCAGAAUGAUAAAAAAGUGUGUUGUAAUUAGUAGAUAAUUGGUUUAUUUUUUCAUGAUUGUUUGUUUUUAUGUUAUCCGGAAGGUUUUUGGUAUUUUUCAAAUGACUUCUGGCCAAAUUACAUUUUGAGGUAAAAUCCUUCAUUUUUUUUAUAUAAUCACAAUUGAGGAAGAUAAGUUCAUUUAAUUAUAACAUGGUUUUUAUCUGUUACAAGUUUCUAAAUUUGAAGUUGAAUAUCAUGGGGACAUAAAGAAUUUUUGCUAAUUCUUGAAUUUUGGGGUAAAAAUGCGAUUUUUUCGAUGUAUUUGUAUGUAUGAAAAAGCACUUCCAUGGUUUAGGACAGUGGUUCCCAGCCUUUAUGGCUUGUGGCUCUCAUUCUAGUGAUAUUUAUAGGGUAACAGUGAUUGGUUUUCUUGUAUUUGAAAGUAAAAAAGACUGCUCUGUGACCGACUCGGGGAAAACAGGCCAACAUUUGGCAACUGCUGUUUUAGGAUAAAAAGUCUUUUGUUUAUGUAAUAACUAAAUCUCAAAUUAAAAUUCUGAGAUAUGUGAAAAACACUGCUUUUUUACUUGAUUCACUCAAUUUUAGCAAAAAUAAAGUCACAGAAAAGUUUUUCUUCCCUCACACCAGAAUUUUUCAGCCUGUGAAGAGUUCAGAUUGCUUUUACUUGUAAAUACAUCUGUGUGAUUGUUAUGUCUAAUAAAUAAUGUUAAUUUUAAA